UUCAUGGAAUUUAAAAAUCCAUUUUUAUUUUGUUCUUUGUUUUUUAACUCAUUGCUUUGGUGAAAAUGUAAACAUUCAGACAUCAUUUCAAACAAACAUUUUAUUUAAUGAUAAAUAUUCACAAGAGUAAUUCAGGUGUGAGAAUGGUGUGUUAAAGUGAACUUUUGAGGCCCAGUGUUCGAGCGCUCCCUGCAUGCGUUUGUGAUUGAUUUGUUGUGGCAAUCUAUCAGAUUUUAGUGGAAUAUAAAACACAUUGGAGGUCAUUUUUUGUGACUAACAAAGAAAGUGGUCUAAAAUCUUUCUAUCUGAAGCUCGAAUUUUUAUGUAUUGAAGUCUUGGUAGGCAGAUUUCACUUUGAGAAGUUUUUUGUUUUGUAUGGGUUGGCUUGUUUUUUAAUUCCAUGUAAUGGUUUAAGGGAACUAAUCCUUGUUUGUAAAUGAGUAGGGCAUUUUACAAUUAUGUGAAAGCCAUAAAGGUUCAAGUUUGCCGUUUUGUGUGUUUGUUUUUAAAGACAUAAAUGAGCCGGGAUUUUUAAAUUAAGAGCCAAGCAUCCAAUAAGUGACUUUAUUUUGUCAUCAUGUGUGUUCCCUGGAAUUAAACGCAUAUUUUAUAGAUUUAUCGUAACCAUAUGUGUUUGGUUACAUUUAAAAGAUUUUCCUGAGCACUGUUCUGAGAACUGCACUGUUUUAUAAAGAAGCCAGCACAGGGCAGCAAGAUUAUGUGAAAAAUCAAUGAGUAACAGACGCGACAAGAAAGUAGCCUCAGGGCACACAGUCAAUUAAGUUUUCCAUUAUUUUCCCCUUAAACUGUUUUUUGGGGCAUUUCAAUUUUUUUACUUUUUUAAAAGCUAUUUUUAAACUACCUUUAUGUAAAUGUAUGUUUACACAACACUAUCAAAUUGAUACAUAAAAGCAUGCAAUCAGUACAAAGGGAUUCCAGUUGAAAACAAAACUCGUUAUUCCCCUUUAUAUUGUAAUUAAGAUGUCAAUAAGAAUACAUUAAAAACAUCUUGACACGGCUAAAUAUUUCACAGACAUAAGCUGAGAAGCUGUUUUUUUAAUUAUUUCCACACUAGAAAUAAGCUUUAAACGCAAAUUGCUAACUUCAAUGCUGAAAAACACGCAAAAAUACAUAUCUUGAUGUUAAUUUAUUUUAAUUAUUUUCUUAUUUCAUUUUCAUGUAUCACAGUCAUAAUAGAUUUAUUUUUUAUUGUGCAUUAUCUUAAAUUUGCACGGUAUUUUGAUCAUCUUGGUGGUAUUUUCAGUAAAAUUCCCUGUUUAUACAUUAAGAGACUUUUAUUUUGAAACUCUAGAGUCAACUGUUUAACACGACUGUCUUAUGGUUUGCCUCACACUUUACGUUUUCAUUAGACAAACACCGGAAUGAAAUUGAACUAUACACGUGUCAUGUUCACGCAUACAGACAUAUAUUUUUAAAACAUGACUGUACACCGAAGAGGAAUCACUAAAACUGUAGAAAGUAGCGCCAUUGAAAAAAAAAUUAAGAGGGGAAAUGCACAAAGACAGGCCUCUUCAUGGAAAGAGAAUGUGACCGUCCCGAUUAUGAUAUUGCUAGCCACUGGAUUAGUGAGCUGGAUGUAUUACACGUGGACUGAUGACAGGACACAAACUUUGGUUUCAAGAGGGGAGCUCCUCACUCAGGCCAGAGUCUUCACUGUUGACUGCUCGGAGGACUACAAGAAGUACAAACUCUUUCCAGGUUGCACCCCGACUAAAUGCGGCAGAGCCGUUUCAGACAAUGUUGUGACUUUGGAGGAGGCACAAAAGCUAAGAAGGUUAGCUGAGCAAGGAUUAUCACUGGCUGGAUCAGAUGGUGGGGCAUCCAUCCUGGACCUUCACUCCGGGGCUCUGUCAAUGGGGAAGCAGUUUGUGAAUGUCUACAGAUAUUUUAAGGAUCAAAUAAGAGGUGUUUUCACCGAGGAUGAUUUUCAGCUAUACAGUGAUGUCCGUGGGCGAAUUCAAAUGGCAAUAGCUGAAACUUUUGGUCUGGACUCCUCACACAUGUACCUCACCAAACCCACCUUCUUCUCUCGCAUCAACAGCAGCUCUGCCAAAACUACUCAUGAUGAGUACUGGCACCCACAUAUUGAUAAGGAGACCUAUGGAUCAUUUGAUUACACGUCAUUACUGUACUUGUCCGAUUAUGGUGUGGACUUUGGCGGUGGUCGGUUUGUCUUCAUGGACUCCAGUAGCAACAAAACCGUGGAGCCACGAGCUGGUCGGGUAUCUUUCUUCUCAUCUGGUUCUGAGAACCUCCACCAUGUGGAGAAGGUCACAUGGGGCACACGAUAUGCCAUUACAGUGUCCUUUACGUGUGACCCCGACUACGCCAUCGAUAACCCCUCCCUGCCGUAAGAUUCACCUCACUCAGUGGGUGAUGGGUGACAGGAACCCUGUGGCAAACACACAGGAGAAAGCUGAAAGAGUCAUCAGGCACAUUCAGCAGUUUGGCUGGCAAGAGAACCUCCUAUUGACUCGAUUGAAAAAUGGGAUUUGCUGUACCGCAUUGGCUUUUUUGUUUUUAAUUUAAGAGGAAUUUUGUAUUUUGAAGAGAUUUGCUACUAUCAUGUCGUUGAUACCUUUUGUGGGUUUGACUUCUUUUUAUAACAUUCCUGGCUUUGCCUCACUCUUUCAAUUCUUUUAUAUUAUAGUUAAAUUAUUGUCUAGAGUAGACAAGCAAUGCAGGGAUGACAGUACAGGUGUGUGUAAUGAAUUGCAGACUUAGAGAUUGGAAAGGGUUAUCGAAAAUCUCCACUUGUGGCACCUCCUGAAAAACACAUUGCUUAAAAAUACUUUCUGAAACCUCAAGGUUCAGAUAACUGUAAGAGACCAAAAGAUAAUUUAUAAAAAAAAAGUUGAAUCAGUAAUGCACUUUACCCUCUUUGAAAAGUUUCUAAUCUUUUUUCAAAUCUUUUCUAAAAUAAUGUUUCAUUAUAAUCACAUGUUUCUUUAUUUUAACACUUCUUUUGUUUUUUUCAAUGCCGAGAACACAGUUUUUUUCAUGAAUCACAUUCCUAGUUCUUGUAAACACAUUCCUCUCUACAGUUAAUUCAAAUUGUUAUGUUAGUGAAUUACAUUAACAUCAAGAUUUUCCAAUCGUGACGAACUUGUUUAUGACAACUUGUUUUGACAGCUAAUGGCUAAUUGGCUUUUUUGCAGACCUAAGGGUCAAACUUGCAUGCUAUCACAACCGAAAAGAAGGUUGUUGCUUUUCUCAUGUCAAACAAGAAUAAAACGGUUACCCUUGAAA